AUGGCGCAACGACCGGUAUUUUGGCAGAAGCGCGUUCUCGUGCCCUUCUGGAUAGUGCGAAUAUGUAUCAUGAUCUUGAUCAUUGCAGCAUAUGGCUAUUCCCUACGGACUGUGGAUGAACUAAAGGAUGUCAUCCAACCAUCAACUGGAUCAGUCGUUGUCUUCAUGCUCUUCAUCGUCAUUGUGCUCCUCAUCGACAUUCUUGCGAUCAUCAUGUUCCUUGGCGACAAGCUGAAACCAGGCACUUUCCUCACCAUGAACUGCUUCCAAACUGGGUUCUGGACUGGCGUCUUGAUCAUGGACUUUGUUGCCAUAGGCCAGGGCGCCAGCUCUGUAGGAAUUGGAUUCAGCAUCUUCGUAUUCCUCACCUUCCUCGGUCUCCUCAUCUACGCCAUCGUCGGGUACCGUCGCGCGAAGAAAGAAGCCCAACGGGGCCAGUAUGCGCCAGCGCAUAACCCAUUGGCGGCGGCGGCGGCUGCACAAUCGUCCCCGUACAACAGCGUCCCCGAGUACCAACAGAAUACCGCAUACCAUUCGCAGACACAGCCUGAUAUGCACAACCAGUACCUUCCACCAUACCAAAGUGGUGCUGCGACGGACUACUACCAGCAGCCUGUGAAGCCCGCCCACAUUGUCUCAGGUCUCUCAGUCGAACACAUUCGCUUCAUCUUCAUUCUUCCAGUCAGGAUGCGAUCAUUCUUGCUACUCGCUGCGGCGGUUCCUUUCGCUCAAGCUGUUCGCAUCGUGCAGUCAAAUGACGAUGGAUGGUCAGAGGCAAACAUCCGUACCUUCUUUGACGUCUUGAACUCUGCUGGCCACGAGGUUGUCCUGUCUGGUCCUGCUGAGAAUCAGUCUGGCAGAGGAUCAUCCGACGAACCCCCGAAGACUGUUGAUUCAGACGGCUGCAUUCAUGCAUCCUGCCCAGGUGGAAGCCCGCCCACAGGUGCAAAUGCGACAGACCCUCGUUUGAACUACGUGAACUCGUUCCCGGUUACUUCUAUCAAGCAAGGCAUCGAUGUCACUGCGCCUAAGCUCUGGAACGGCGCAAAGCCCGAACUCGCUCUGACCGGACCGAAUGUCGGAAGCAAUGUUGCUGUUCAGGUGCCCUUCUCCGGUACCGUCGGCGCCGCUACAUAUGCGGCAAAGACGGCCCAAAUCCCAGCUAUCGCCUUCUCUGGUCAGUCUGGAGAUCCUACCGCAUGGAAUGCUCCUACACCUUUCCACAGCAAGAUCUACGCUGAUCUGGCUCUGAACGUCACCACCACCAUCAUCAACAGCGGAAAGCCCUACCUCCCAGCGAACACCUACUUGAACGUCAACUUCCCCUCUGUCUCCGAGACCAAGUGCAGCGAUCCCAGUCAGUUCAAGUACAUCUUUACUCGCAUCAACACUGGUCUUUUGAGUGCUCGCGAUGCGGACUGGUGCGGUAGCACGCGCCUUCCGUGGGAGGCGGACGUUAUCUUGAUUCGAGGAAGCGACUGCUACGUUACUAUCAGCCCUGGUGAUGCAAACGACAAGACGACCAUAAACGAUGCUGCGAAGAGAGAUGAUGGGGAUGGCAAAGCUUCGCGCAUGAAGUCAUAUGAAUCGCAUUUCGACCAUACCCUCCCUCUGAACCAACCCAUCAUCCUCCGUCUAGACGGCCAUGGAUUCUCGCGCUUCACGUCACACUUUGCGCGCCCCUUCGACGAGCGCAUACACACUGCGAUGAUAUCAGCCUGUGCUGAUUUACUUCACUUCUUUCCCCGCGCUACAGUCGCAUACACGCAGUCCGACGAGAUCACCCUGAUCUUUCCGGAAGGCGUUCAGAUUUUCAACGAAAGAGUGCAGAAGCUAUGUAGUCUGAGUGCGAGUUAUUGCUCGGUGCGAUUCAACAAGCAUCUCGCGGAGGCGCUGGAUAAAAUGCCGGAGCCGGCAGUCAAGGGCAACGUGGAGAAGGUACUAGGUAUAGCGCAUUUCGAUGCGCGUUUCUUCCCCGUUCCUUCUGUAGAGGAGGCUCUCAACAACCUCAUAUGGAGGUGUCGCAAUGAUGCUGUACGGAAUGCUGUGUCUGCUUUUGCUCGGACUAUGUACUCAACUAAGGAGAUGAAUGGCAAGAAGACGCGGGAACUCGUUGAAAUGAUGUUGGAAGAGAAGGGCGUUAAAUUCGAGGAGGCGGUGCCGAAAUGGGCGAUUGAGGGCUGUUUGCUGAAGAGAGAGCAACAUGAGCAUGAGGGUGUAAAUCCAAGGACUGGAGAGGUUGAGAAGACGUUUCGGACAAGGCCGCGAGUAGAG